CCUCUUCCUGCGGCGGGCGGCAGCGAUGCCCGUGGAGCCCCUGGUGUGUCCCCACACGGCCACGCGGGUGAGCUCCGUGCUGAACCGGGACGUGAAGCACUUUGGGAAGCAGCACCUGUUCGAUGGCAGCGAGGAGACCUGCUGGAACUCGGACCAGGGCACAUCCCAGUGGGUCACCCUGGAUUUCCCCCGCCCUGUCAAGGUCUCCCAGCUGCACAUCCAGUUCCAGGGGGGAUUUUCCAGCCGCCUGUGCACGCUGGAAGGCUGCAGAACGGGCGAGGAACUGGUGAAAAUAUCCGAGCUGUACCCCCAGGACAGCCACGCCAUGCAGAGGUUCCAGGUGCAGGAGACGGUGCUGGAUAAGCUGAAGAUCACCUUUGGCAGCAGCACGGAUUUCUUUGGCAGGGUGGUGGUUUAUCACCUGGGGGUGCUGGGGGAGAGGCUCUAGGGGGGCUGUCCCCUCUCUGGGGGCUCUGAAAACCCCACCAGGAGGGUCCCUGUCCCCUGAGGUGACACUGGUGAGGCUGUGCUGGGGCGCAGGCGUGGAAUGGGAUCAAUAAAAGGUACUCCUGCUUUCUCCUGGAGUGGGAUCAAUGAAAGUUAUUCCUGCUUUUUCCUGGAAUGGGAUCAGUAAAAGGUAUUCCUGCUUUUUCAUGGAAUGGGAUCAAUAAAAGAUAUUCCUGCCUUUUCAUGGAGUGGGAUCAAUAAAAGGUAUUCCUGCUUUUUCCUGGAAUGGGAUCAAUAAAAGAUAUUCCUGCCUUUUCAUGGAGUGGG